CCUGGGGGGCAGAAAUGAAAGGAGCCAAAUUGCCAGUCACAAUCACUGGACUGCUGCUUGAAGGCUGCAGGUUUGAUGGGGCCAGCCUGAGGGACAAUGCUGCAGACUCUGCAACCAUCUCACCUUUGCCUUCUGUCACUAUUGCCUGGGUUCCUCAGGACUCUGCAGUCAUAUAUGAAUCAAGGAAUACUGUCUGGCUCCCAGUUUACAUGGACUUGCGCAGGAACAACAUGCUGAUGAAGUUGGCCCUGCCAUCUGGUGGUGAAGUUUCUCACUGGCUUCAAGCAGGCGUCGCCAUUUUUCUGAAUGGCUGAACCUCACUUUUAACCAAAAAUCUGUGAAAUAUUCCCUGAUCCAAAGCAAUUAUUUCAUUAACACUAUUCCUCCACAUUCCAAGGAAAUUGUUUGUUCAGUUAAAUUGUUGGUCCCUGUUUAUUCAAUCAAAUCAGCCUGUGAAGCUUUCAGAAAAUUUAAUUUUCCCUGAUUCGGUAGUUACCAAGAAGACUUUCUGUUCUUCUCUUACUAAUGAAUUUAGGAGCACAUGCGAAAUUUCGAGACAUCAUGCCACACCUUGACAUAGGAAGAAAUGAACUCGAUGAUAUGAUCUCAAAAAACUGAAAAACUGAUUGGAAAACGCAAUGAAGCUGUGUAAAAAAAAACCCCACCUUCGUUUUUUUUCUUCUCAAUAAAAACGCGCCACUAAUGAAAUAAAACGCAUGGGUCACAA